UGCCUGUAUCGCCCAUCCCUAUAGAGUACAAUAUUAUAUUUAUUUGCAGAAAUGCAACGUUUGAUCCGAUGUCCUUUAUUGAAAUGGAGCAGAGUCGGAACUGCAAAAUAUUCAUCAGUUUCUGCACCCCAAACUUCACCGCAAAUUCUUUAUACUGGAAUCUUCAUUAACAAUGAAUGGCAUAAAAGUAUUGAUGGAGCCAUAUUUCCUUCAGUAAAUCCAACUAAUAAGCAAGUAAUUGCGGAAAUACAAAAGGGUAGUAAAGCAGAUGUCGAUUCAGCAGUUGCCGCAGCACGGGAAGCAUUCAGGCUUGGAUCCCCAUGGAGGCAAAUGGAUGCAUCUUGGCGUGGGCAUUUGUUGCAUAAAUUAGCUGAUUUGAUGGAACGAGAUCGAGUUUAUUUGGCGAGUUUAGAGACACUCGAUAACGGCAAACCAUAUUUCAUGUCAUACAACGUUGAUGUUCCAAUGGCGAUUAAUAAUUUACGAUACUAUGCUGGAUGGGCAGAUAAAAUCCAUGGUAAGGUUAUUCCAAUUGACGGAAAUUAUUUUGUUUAUACACGGCAUGAGCCAGUGGGCGUUUGUGCUCAAAUUAUACCAUGGAAUUUUCCUAUUUUGAUGACUGCUUGGAAGUUUGGGCCCGCACUAGCAACAGGAAACACAAUAGUUUUGAAACCGGCAGAACAAACUAGCCUCACGGCUCUGUAUAUCGCCCAAUUAACAAAGGAAGCAGGAUUUCCUGCAGGUGUAGUGAAUGUAGUGCCUGGUUUCGGGGAUGCAGGAGCAGCACUAGUGCAGCAUUACGAUGUGGAUAAAGUUGCAUUUACUGGAUCUACUGAAAUAGGAAAAAAAAUUCAACAGGGAUCUGGCCUGAGCAAUUUAAAGAGAACUACUUUAGAACUUGGAGGCAAGAGUCCAAAUAUUAUACUGUCAGAUGCCGAUAUAAAAAAUGCCGUAGAGUCGUCCCAUUUUGGAUUGUUCUUUAAUAUGGGUCAAUGCUGCUGUGCAGGCUCACGCACUUUCAUUGAAGAUAAACUAUAUGAUGAAUUUGUUGAACGUAGUGUCGAAAGAGCUAAAAAACGUGUCGUUGGUAACCCUUUCGACCUAACGACUGAGCACGGUCCACAGAUAGACGAGAAACAGUUUAAUAAAAUUUUAAGUAUGAUUGAAUCUGGAAAAAAAGAAGGAGCAAGCCUAGUUGCUGGCGGUGAUCGCUUUGAAGGCCUUUCAGGAUAUUUUAUUCAGCCAACUAUUUUUGCUGAUGUACAAGAUGAUAUGAAAAUUGCACGUGACGAGAUAUUUGGUCCAGUGCAGCAAUUGUUGAGGUUUAAGUCGUUAGAUGAGGUAAUAGAGCGCGCAAAUAACACUGAGUAUGGUUUGGCUGCAGCUAUCUUUUCUAAGGAUAUUGAUAAAAUUAAUUAUAUUAUACAAGGGCUUCGAGCAGGUACAGUUUGGGUUAAUACCUAUAAUGUGUUAUCAGCUCAAGCACCAUUUGGUGGAUAUAAAAUGUCCGGACAUGGACGUGAAAAUGGUGAGUAUGGUUUACAAGCAUACACAGAAAUUAAAAGUGUAAUAACUCGUAUUCCAAAUAAAAAUUCAUAAUAAACAGAA